UUACUGGAAUCAUGACACAGUUCUACUCUGCUGCGUUAGUCCAGCUGUUGUGCACUGUGACUGUGCUGUUCGAAGUGACUCUGUCAGUGGAGCAUGCACCUAUGCUGAUUUGGUCGACCGGGAGGCCACAGUGGGAUCCAAACACUACUUUGCAUGAGGGGCACAUUAUCUCAGCACAGGAGCUGGCUGUCCUCUUGCAACCUGUUAUCACUCAGAGUUCUGAAAACCUCGUCUUGAUUGUUCAGGAUAAGCUAAGCAUAGAGGAUUUCACAUAUUACAGCGAUACCUAUGGCAACAAGAAACCAUUUGAAAAUGUUCAGGAAAUUCUUCGAUCUUCUUCAUCCUUAGUUUUGCCUGCUGUUGGCUGCAAGGCUACCCGUUAUCUUUUGGGCUUUCUCCAGGAGUCCGUGAAUUGGAAGUUAACAAACAUAACUAAUCUAGAUGUCUCUCAGCUAGAAGUGAAUACAUCUGAACAAAAUUUAUUUGUGGUACAGCUGCAACCAUUUAUCAGUAACUUCAAUGAUAUUUCUACCCUGGAAGCAGUUGCUGAAAAUGAUAAAAUAAUUGGAAGACUGAUCAUGGAUCUACAAGAACGAGGGAUUAAUUUUUCAGUAAUUUAUACUGCAAUGAGACCUUCAAGG